AUGCAACAAUACUUUGGUGUGUCUACUAUGGGUUGUGUUAGUCCGUACUAUCUACAUCAAGUAGGUGAUCAUCAUAAUCAACAUGGAGGAACCGUGUACAGACAAGAUCUUCGCAGUAACAAUGUGAUGAUUCCAAGUGGUGGCUACGAGAAACGCACGAUCAAAGAUCAUAAGAAACAACUUUCAGACAUACCAACAACAACAGCACCAACUCGAGUGUCUUCGAGCUCACUCAGAUUUGACCGAUUUGCCCUUCGUGAUCACGGCUAUUACGGCGAGGACAUUAACGUCAAUUCCCAUGGACGGGAGACGCUUCCACUUUUUCCACUUCAGCCAUUGGAUGCCACUAAUGACGAGCGUGUUGGAAAUUCCAGUUUUACCCCUGGUCAUGAUUCUCCGGUGUCUUUUUUCGGUGAUGGCGGCGGACGAGAGCAGCCGUUUAUUGAUUUCUUCUCUGGUAGUUCUGGUAGGUUCGAUAGUAGUGGAAAUGGGUUGUAA